AAACAAAAUAAAGAAAAAGGGAAAAAAAUCGGUUCCUCAACAGAAAAGAGGAAGCCAGCGAUCUCGCACACAGAGAAGAGUUUUAGAGCGAGAGAGAAACAGAGCGAGACAGAGGGAGACAGUUCUAGAGAGAGAAAGCGAAACGCCGGAAUAUUCCGUCGUAUCAUUGGAGUUCUCUGCGAUCUUGGCGGCAAAGAGUUCACGGUGAACGGAGGCGGGUCUGGUAUUCGGAUCGGGGCGACUUUCGGGUGAGCAGAAAUGGUGAAUUAUAUGGUGGAACGCGCUACGAGCGACAUGCUCAUCGGCCCUGAUUGGGCCAUGAACAUCGAAAUCUGUGACAUGUGCAACCACGACCCUGUGCAAGCAAAGGAUGUUGUUAAAGGUAUAAAGAAGCGCCUUGGAAGUAGGAAUUCAAAAGUUCAACUUCUUGCACUUACACUGUUGGAAACAAUAAUAAAGAAUUGUGGAGACAUUGUUCAUAUGCAUGUAGCAGAGAAAGACCUCCUCCAUGAGAUGGUAAAAAUAGUAAAAAAGAAGCCGGACUAUCAUGUUAAAGAGAAGAUACUGAUCCUGAUAGAUACUUGGCAAGAAGCUUUUGGAGGGCCAAGAGCAAGAUAUCCACAAUAUUAUGCUGCGUAUCAGGAAUUGUUGCGUGCUGGAGCAGUAUUCCCUCAAAGAUCUGACUCAGCUGCGCCGCCUGUAUUCACGCCACCCCAGACACAACCAUUGACAUCAUUUCCUCAGAAUUUGCAAAAUCCAGAUUUUCCAAAAGAUGCAGCUGAGCCUUCUGCAGAAGCCGAGUUCCCAACCUUAAGCUUGACAGAAAUUCAGAAUGCACGGGGUAUUAUGGAUGUCUUGGCGGAAAUGCUAAGUGCAAUUGAUCCUGGGAACAAAGAGGGGCUUAGGCAGGAGGUUAUUGUUGAUUUGGUUGAGCAGUGUCGUACAUAUAAGCAGAGAGUGGUACACCUUGUUAACUCGACUUCGGAUGAAUCACUUUUGUGUCAAGGACUAGCGCUGAAUGAUGAUUUGCAACGUCUUCUAGCCAAGCAUGAAGCCAUUGCUUCAGGAAAUCCAGUUCAGCCAGAUAAACCCAAGUCGGGACCUUCUGGAGCACUUGUAGAUGUUGGUGGUCCUCUAGUUGACACUGGAAAUGACAAAAAACAGCUAGAUGGGAGAUCUACCUCAAGUGCAGGUGCAGGGUCUAAUCCACUUAAUCAGUUAUUGCUUACUGCACCUCCAGCUACUAAUGGUCCAACUCCUACAACAAAGGUUGAUCCCAAGAUGGAUCUUCUUAGCGGUGAUGACUUUGGCUCACCAAAGGCAGAUUCACUGGCUCUUGUUCCUGUGAGUGGUCAACAGCCAAUCACUCCUGUAUCUCAGCAGAAUGCCCUUGCUCUCAUGGACAUGUUUGGCAGUGACAAUGCUCCAAAUUCUGUUAAUGUAGCUAGCCAAAUCAAUCCUUCACCCCCCCAAUUCCAACAGCAGCAGAAUUUUCAAGCUUCACAAGGAGGUUUUUACUCAAAUGGAAGUGCCCCAAACAUGGGGGCCCCUCAGUAUGAACAGUCACAGUACACACAAGGUUCACCAACUAGUGGAUCAUUACCACCACCUCCCUGGGAAGCUCAGUCAACAGAUGAUGGUAUCCCAGUCGCAGGUCCUCGAUACCCUCAACCACCAGUGCAAGUUACUACCAAGGUGGUGGUCACACAUGGGCAGGGUGGUUUCAAUCCCCAGGGACCUCAACUGACAGGGAGUGACCAGGUAGUGGGUAUGUACAUCCAGCCAAUUACGACCACCCAUUUGUCAGCAAUCAACAACCAGGUUGGUCCAAGCAGUCAUUUGGGUUUGCCCGCUCAACCAGUCCAAGGGCCAUAUACGGGUAUGACUCCGCAGGCUAUUCAAGCAGGCCAGAUGACAUCUAUGUAUCCUCAACAAAUGUAUGGUAAUCAAAUGGUCCCCUAUGGCUACGAUCAGCAACAGCAGCAGCAGCAGCAGCAGCAUCAAGCGUAUGCCCUUCAGCAACAGCAACAUCAACAAGCGUUUGCACUUCAGCAACAGCAACAGUAUGCCCUUCAGCAGCAACAACAAGCAUAUGCCCUUCAGCAGCAAAUGUAUGGUCUUUCUGUUAGAGAUGAUAAUGGUAUGAAAAACUCGUACCAGGUUUCCGCUCCAUCUUAUGUUACGCCCAGCAAGCCAUCCAGACCAGAGGACAAGCUAUUUGGAGACCUUGUUGACUUUGCAAAACUCAAGCCAACUAAACCCACCUCUGGUGCAGCCGGUAGCAUCUGAAGUUAUUAUUGGUUUCCUGUCUUUUCACUUUUCUUUAUUUUGACCAACUUAAUUUUUUUUUCUUUCUUUCUUCUCUUUUUUUCUUUCAUCUUUGGUCUUUUCUCAAUAUAUAUAAUUUUUUCCUUGAGCUGUUGGCUCCAUAUCUGGGUUUGUGCUUGUAUGGCAUUGGGAUCAUGUACAUUCUUUGUAGAAAAAACCCGAUAAAAAUGGGAGACCUCCAUGUGAUUUAGAUUGAAUUUAUGAGAUUUGCUUUUACUUUUACUCUCCAA